ACGGGGCCGGGGGCUCGGGGGGCGGCGGCCUACGGGCGGGAGUGAGCUCUGCUGGGCCCCCCGGGGGGAUUCGGGGCGGUGGUGGGGCUUGAGGGGCCCGGAGGGCCUCGGCUGAGCAGCGGGGCACCGGGGCUGGCAGCCCCCCGCGGGUGGCAAGGUGGCACCCGGGGCUUGGCUGCAGGCAGGGCACCCGGGGCCAGUGCCUUGCUUGCAGGCCUCGGUGAGGGUCGUGCUGUGCUCCCUGCCAGGCCUUGGCCGGGCCAUGGGGCACCUGCUGUUCCCUGCCCAGGCUGGUGGCAACUUGGCUGGGGUGGUGAGGGUGUGGGCAGGGACCCUGGUCCCCUGUCCCCUGCCUGUGCCUGUUAUGCCAUGGGAUGUGCUGGGGUCUGGCCUGGGGACCUUGGCCUGGUGCUGCUGCUGUCCCAGGAAUGGGAGGGGAUGUGGCUGGGGGUAAUGUGGAGCUCAGCUCCUUCCAGCUGUGGCUGCGUGGCUGUGACCCACCCUGGCAGCAGGAGGGCUGCAGGACCCCGCUGUGGUCCUGGGCCCAUCCUGUGCUUGGCCUGCCCUGGCAGACGUGGCGGCAGGGCUCGCCCUGUGGGGUCAGGCAGAGGUGGGAGCUGCUGGCAGCCGUGUCCACCACCCUCAUCGGCAGAGGGCUCGGCUGGGGUGGGGUUUGGCUGCCUUCACCCUGCCUGUCCUCAAGGGCCAGCAUCCCGGGUCACUGACCUGCCGUGGUGCUGAGCAGAGUCCCCGGGCGGUGCCAGCAAGGGUUUUCCCCCCAGCUGGCACAGAGGGACGGGUGCCAGCAGGGCCACCGGCCAGCCUGGCUGCUGGCUGGCAGGGAUACCCCACCUCUUCUCCUGCUGCCAGCAGUGCUCCCUGUGUGCUUCAUUGUCACCUGGCAUGUGCUGAGGGGGUGCCAGCUGCUGUCACCCUCUCUAGGUGUGACUUGGGCCACGGUGGGGUAAGUGACCCUUUCCAUGCCCAGCUCCCCUCCUGGGUCGGCAGCUGUCACAAGAGCCAGCACAUCCCAGCAGAGAUGCCUCAGUUCCAAGACCCCUUUCCCCAACCAAAAACCCCCACUCAUGUCAUGUCCCCCCCAUACAGGCUCUUGCCAACGUGCCCCAUGCUGGCAGGUCUCAUCCUGCUGGGACCGGGGCAGCUGGACUGGCCUGACCCAGCCGGGGCCAUGCUGCUGCCCACACGGUGCUGGGCAGUGCCGCCGUCAAGGAUGACAAUAAUGACUGUUUUUCCCUGUGCCACGCCAAGGCCGGCUGGCCUGCCCGGGUGGCCCUGACGCAAGCGCUGCUUGCCCGGCUGGCUCUGCCGGUGGGACGCGGCAGGAGGAAACGCUCGGGGACAGCCGCGACCGCCUCAGUCACGCCGUAGGAAUCUGCCUGUGCUGCCGGGGCCACGCGUGGCACCAUCGCCGGCCUCCUCCCAACCUCUGCUGGGGUUCGGGCUCCUCCGGAGGCGGUUUGGCUGCCAGUAAAGCAGCUCUGCUGGUUUUUCCUCCUUGCCGGCACCUGAGCCGGGGAGCGCGGCCGGGUCAAAGGGGCAGGAGUGUUCCAGAGGGGCUGGCGAGUGCCCUGGGGAAUGCAAUAACCAGGCCUGCAUUCCUCCGGGGCUGCUGCGGAAACUUUAAUUAAAUAGGGAGGGGAGCCCAGGAGGAGGUGGGAGCUGCGGUGGUGCAGGGUGGGUUGAAGGGGAGGAGGAUUAAGGGCUUAAUCCUGCAUCCCCCUGGUUGGGUCUUGGGGACAUGUGCUGACAUGGGUUUGGUUGGGGGGGGCGUAAGGGAGGGGAGCAGUGCCUGCAUCCCGCCCGGUGAAGACACAGUGUCCCUCCCUGUGGUGACAGGAACACACGCAGGGUCCAGCUUCGUGCAGGGCCCCUGUCCUGCCCGCACUGGUGCCCGCCGGCUGAGGAGGCAGCCUACCGGCCUGCCGGCAACAACGGUGGCUUUGUUCGGCUGCAGAGCCUUGCUUGCCGGUGCGGGAAGGGACAUCCUGGCUGUGCUGCGUUCCCUGGGGGGAGCAGCCAUGUCCCUGAGCAGCGCGGAAAGGCAGGGACCCCUGGGAGGGCUCCUCUGGCCCGUCCUGCACAGGUGUCACCCUGUGGCAUAGGGACAGCAUUGGCCUCGUCUAUAAAACGUGUGGCAGGUGUGAAGUGGGGUGUCCCUGGCAGAGUCCCUCACCCUGGGCAGGCAGUGGUACAGCCUGGCCAGGGGGCUGCAGGCAGGGAGGGGGGGGGGGACACAACACUCCCACCCCAGCAGGCUGGCAGGGAAAGGCUGAGCUGGGACUGGGGGAAUCUGAGCCCAGAUCCUCCCCGCAGCCGGAAAAUAUGAAUAAUUCGGCAAAUAUCUGCGGUGCAGGCGCGGGGGAGCCCAGCCAAGGCAGCAGCAGGCCGCUGGCAGGGCGGUCCCAACACCUCCAGCAGAACUGGGGGCCCCUCUCCACCCUCGGGGACCCCCCCUGGAUGCGGGGAAGCUGUUCUCCUGUCCCCCCUGUUUCAGAGGGGUGAGCACCCCAGCGAGCUGGGGCUGGGUUAACCCUUACAACGGUGUCAGCAGGGAGGCGGUGCGCGGGCGGGAUGCUGGCGUGUGCCGGCGGAGCGGGGUGAUGCCGAGGGAGAGGUGGCGGAGGCGUGCGGGUGGAGCAACCGUGCCAGCCUGCCCGGCGCUCGUGGCGAGGCGGGGAUGCACGGCCAUGGCUGGGCCGGCCGAACCUGCCCAAAGCGGGGAGCCUGGCAGGCGGGGAGGAAAUGCCAGUAUAAUUAAAGGGACUGGAGAGACUUGGAGUCAGCAGCUGGUUGCAGCACGGGACACGUCAGCGAAACCCGACCCUGGCAUUGCAAAACCAGCCCUGGCCUCGCCAGCCUCCCGCAGGCCUGGCCACGCUCCGGCACUGCUCACCCGGGUGGCCUGGCACUGCUGGUACACCGGCACCCUGCGCCCUGGCAGCCUUUGCCUGCCAGCCAGCAUCCUCUGGCUGCCGGAGCCACCUGGAGCGCUGGCGGGGUGGCGGGGGGUGCCAGGGCUGCCCCCAGCCCCCUGAGCCCCACAAAGUGCUCCAUGAGCUCUCCAUGAUGCUUUCUUGGCUCUACUCUGUCCUCAUCCCGGGCACCGACAGCCUGGCCAUGAUGUGGGGGUGCAGCAGGACCUAGCGGUGGUUGGGGGCUGAGCUGGGGGUGCCAGGGAGGGGACUGGGUGGCGGUGACCCCCUGGAUACAGCGCAGCUCCUCAGCACUGGGGGGGUGGGGGGCUGACGGCACAGGUCACGGCAGGGCAGGGCCACGCGGGCCAAGUGACUCAGUCAGUUGUGGUGACCCUGCCCAGCAGCAAGGGCGCACCCCACCCUCGGGUGCACCCCACCCUGGGGGGGCUGCCCGGGGAAGAGGCAAGGUCAGAACCUGCCGCUGCGUUAACCCCAUCGGGCUGUGGGUGGGCACCGGUGCCCCCGAGGCACGGGGGGCUCUGCUGGCCUGGGGCACAGAACGGGUCCAGACCCUCCUGGUGCAGGACUUGGUGUCCUGUCACCGCCGGUGUGACCGGGACAGGGCCCCCCACAGCGGAGGGGUGGCCAGGGCAGGCAGCACGUGCGACCCAGCAGCCCCUCGCACACGGUGGAGGCCCCUGUGAGCCGCAGGGAGGGUGUUUGCCUGCAGCCACGAACCAGCCCUGAGCCGGGGAGGAGGUGGCGGGGCUGGGGCUGGGGAAGGGGCUAGCGGAGCGGGAUGCCGGCAGCACCCCCACCUCGGGCAGCCUGGUGGGGUUUGCCUCUUCCCUGCCUGGGGACCCAGCUCCGCCACCCCCACAUCCCCUGAGAUGGGGUGGCAGGAGAUGGCUGGUCCUCGGCCCAGCCUGUGCUAAUUAGGAGUGUCAUUAAAAGGGCUGAAGGGGUUGAGAGAGGAGCCAGCCCUGUGGGGCACAGCCAGCUGUGACGGCGGCGGGGGUCACCCUGGUGAGCCUUGCUCACCCCAAGAGCAUCCCCCCCUCCAUCCCCACUGUCCCCAAGGGACAAGGACGCAGCCCAGCGUGCUGUGCAAAGUCCCCAGGGUGCCAGCAUUGGCAGGGAACAGCAAGGUGACCCACGGAUCUCAGGGGACAGGAGCCAGCUCAGGGGUGAGUACGAGCCCCCUGGACUCUGUGGGACACUGCGGGGCACAGGGGCGACCCAUGGGGCAGGGAGCACCCAGCUCCUUUGGUCCUGCGGCCUGUGCUCGGGCACCCCAUGGUGGGGACCACGCCGUGUGCCCCCAUCCCCGAGCGGGAUCGCUGCUGCCGGCGAUCCGAUCCGGGCAGGAGCAGACGCUGUGCCGGGACGGCGGCACCAGCAAAGGGUUAAGCCGAGCUGGGAGCUCGGGAAGGCCGGCCAGGCUCCCACCCCCUCCCCGGGCUCCUAGGCAGAGCCACGCUCCCUCUGCAUCCCUGUGUUUGACUUGCACCCUGCCGAGAGCCGCCGGGAGGUACUGGGGGUCUCGGUGCCCCACCGCAGGUAGCCCCGAGAGACCUGGCCAAAGCUGGCGGGACACGUCUGGUGGCAGAGCCUGGGGUGCGCAAAGGUACCACGUCCCUAUAUCUUGGGGGUCCAGGGAGGGAGAGAGCGUGGAGCUGGGGUGGGCAGCCGGCGUGGGGCUUCCCUGUCACCAGCUCUGUUGCAGGCUGUGGCAGCGCAGAGGAGGCAGGAAUGUGGUGGGGACUCUCCCACUCCCUGGGCAGUCCCCCCGGGGCUGGAGGGUCCCAGGCAGGGCACGGGGAGAUGGCUCUCCCCCCAGCAGGGGUGCAGCGGUAGCAGCUGGGGGUCUGAGGCACCCCACAGCCCUGCCAGCCCAGAGCUCCCCCCUGCUGGGCCCUGCCCCUGACCCUGGCUGGGUUUCUCUCUUCCGCAGAGCUGACACCAUGAACCAGCUGAUCCUUUGCACGCUGCUUCUCUUGGCCCCCAGGGAGCUGGCUGGGGCAUGUCCCGCAGGCUGCCAGUGCCAAGACCCCAAGACCAUCCUGUGCGCGGCCAGACGGGGCCAGACCGUGCCCCAGGGGCUGCCCCCCAACACCCUCUCCCUCUAUGUCUUUGAGAAUGGCAUCACGAUGCUCAGUGAGGACAGCUUUGCGGGCCUGCCCACCCUCCAGCUCUUGGACCUCUCACAAAACAAGAUCACCAGCAUCCAGAAAAACAUCUUCCAGCCCCUGACGGAGCUUGUCAACUUGGACCUGUCCUCCAACCAGCUGCAGGAGAUCACUAACGAGACCUUCCAUGGGCUGCGGCUGCUGGAGCGGCUCUACCUGCAGAAGAACAGGAUCCAGCACAUCCAUGCUGCUGCCUUUGACACACUGGAGAACCUGCUGGAGCUGAAGCUGCAGAACAACCAGCUCUGGGCCGUGCCACCCCUCGACCUGCCCAACCUCCUGCUGCUGGACAUCAGCUGGAACAAGAUCCCCACUAUUGCACCAGGGGCCUUCCAUGCUGUCAACAUUGAGUCCCUGAAGAUUGCAGGUCUGGGCCUGACGAGCUUAAACGAGGAGCUCUUCCAGGCCCAGAACAACCUCCACGAGCUGGAUGUCUCCGACAACCUGCUGGAGCGUGUCCCGGCGGUGCUGCGGCGGCUGGGGAGCCUCACCAAGCUCAGCCUGGCUGGCAAUGCCCGCAUCUCCCAGCUGCCAGCAGAGGACUUCCACAACCUUCACAACCUCCAGGAGCUGGACAUCAGCAACCUCAACAUCAACACCAUCCCUCGGGAUUUCUCCAGAUUCUUCCCCAGGCUGCGGACCGUGACAGCCGCCGGCAACCCCUUCAACUGCAUCUGCCAGAUGAGCUGGCUGGUGCAGUGGGUCAAUGCCAGCAGUGUGGUCCUCCGGCGGCCUGAGGAGACACGCUGCCACUUCCCCCCAAAAAACUCUGGCAAGCUCCUCCACCACCUGCAGUACGCUGACUUUGGCUGCCCCACCACCACCCCCCCCCCCACCACGCCACGCACCACCACGCUGCCGCCACCUGUGCCGCUCCCCACCAGCAGCCACCUGGCACCGCAGCCCAGCACUGCCGCUCCCACCCCGGGGGCCAGGGCUCCCCAGGGCAGCUCCACGCCGGUGCCCUUCAGCGGCACCCUGGCCCCCACCAGCCCCCUGCCGCCCAUCUGUCCCCCUCGCACGUGUCUGAACGGCGGCACCUGCCACCUGGGUGCCCUAAACUACCUGCAGUGCCUGUGCCCGGUGGGCUUCGCCGGGGUGUACUGCGAGGUGGAGGUGAGGGGGACGACGCCAGCCCCAAACACGCCGGCCCCGCCACCCAGCCGGCGGAUCAGCAUCGCGCAGGUCAGCAGCACCUCCCUUAAAGUCGACCUGCAGAACUACGUCCAGUCCAAAGCGCAGCUGAAGGGCAUCCGCUUGAGCUACCGAAACCUCUCCGGGCUGGACAAGCGGCCGGUGAUGCUGCGUUUGCCGUCUUCGCUCUCUGAGUACACAGUGCGGGCGCUGAAGCCCAACUGCACCUACCGCAUCUGCAUCGGGCCCCUGGGGGAGAAGGUCUCCAAGGAGGAGCACUGCGCCGAGGUGCAGACCUUGCCAGUGAGCCACCAGCAGCACUCCCCCGUCACCCAGAGCAAGGACAGCAACCUCACCCUGAUGAUUGUCCCCGCACUGGCCGCUGUGCUGCUGCUGGUGGUGGUGGUGACCGUUGGCAUGUACUACCGCCGGCACCGCCGGGCGAAGGCGCACACUGGCACUGGCGUGGAUGCCAGCCCACUGGAGCUGGAAGGGGUAAAAGCCUGCCUGGAAAAUGGGGAUUUGAACAGCCACGGCCACAAGGUGCCAGAGGCAGCAAUGCUUUCUGGUGGCUCCGAGUGCGAGGUCCCACUCAUGCAGUCGCACUACCCCAGCAACAACAACACCCCGGGGCUCAAACCCUCCUAUUUCUGAGCCAGGCACGACAGGGCUGCGGGGCAAGGGGAGCCCCAGACAGACAAGGGUUAAGACAAGGGUCAAGCUCCAACGGCAGCGCUGGGGCGAGGAAGGUGAGGAGUUAACUGAAAUAAGGCAGAAAAACCCCAAACCCAUAACGUGCAAUUUCUGAGAGGCUGCCACGCUUCGGGAGGAGACACUAAUUUUACCGUUCAGUGCCUUGAUUUCUGUGACUCUGUGUAGAACGUGGGUAGUGAGAGAGAGGGGUUGGGUUUUUAAUUUGGGGUUUGGGUGGGCUUUUUUUAGCCACUGCUAAAAAGAAAGCUGCCAGUGACUCGGCUAAGGGAUGUCCACGUGCUGGUAACAAGGGUCCUUUAGCAGAGCAUGGCCCGUGACUCUCGACUCCCUGGAAGCUGAUGUGAGGAAUAAGGCCCGGCCGAGGUUCUGGGACCCUCGGGACCCCUGGGCCGAAGGAAGCGCCAAGCAGGCAAACCGGGAAUUGAAGCUUUAAGAACUCGAAGAGAAUAUUUAUACACGGUUAUUUCCCAUUUCUUCUGGGAAAACAUUUUUGUUUUUUUUCCCUAGUACAGGUUUGUGUACAUCUCUUUUGUAAGGCAGACCAGAAGGGUGUCUUUUUGUAACAAAAAAAAAAAAAAAAAAAAAAAACCAACCCCAAAAAAAUAACAACAAUGAAAACCUC